CAGAGAAGAAUAACUGUUAUACAAUGUUCAUCAUCAAGUUCGCAGUUUUGUUUCUUCUCCUUAUUUGGAGAUCAUCUGUUGUUGUAGCAUUACAACAAGAAGAUAUUGGCUUCACUUACAAUGGGUUUCAAGGAGUUAACAUGAGCUUGGACGGCUUAGCCCAGAUUACCAACAAUGGACUUCUUAUGUUGGUAAACACCACUAAGCAACAGAAAGGUCAUGCCUUCUACCCUCAUCCCCUUCAAUUCAUCAAUUCCUCGACAGGUAGUAGUACUGUCUUCUCCUUCUCCACCACUUUUGUAUUUUCCAUGUUCUCCAAGUUAUCUGCAGUAGGUGGCCCUGGAAUGGCUUUCGUAAUUUCACCCUCCAAAGAUUUCUCAGGUGCCUUACCAGGCUCUUAUCUAGGCCUCUUCAAUACCACCACAAUCGGCAAUUCAUCCAACCAUGUCAUCGCAGUCGAGUUGGAUUCCAUUAAAAAUAUGGAAUUCAAUGAUAUUGAUGGUAACCAUGUCGGUAUUGAUAUAAACGGCUUGAAAUCUGUUGAAUCUGUUCCAGCUUCUUAUUUUAGUGAUCAAGAGAAUCGACAUCUGAACCUGACCCUCUUCGGUGGUCACUCUAUGCAAGUUUGGGUGGAAUAUUCUGGUCCAGAAAGCCAACUUAAUGUAACUUUAGCACCAUUCGACACCCCCAAACCAACAAUCCCUCUCUUGUCCUUGAACGUCAAUCUCUCUCAAUUCGUCGUAGAUUCAAUGUUUGUUGGCUUCUCAUCUGCUAGUCACGCCUUCGAAGUAAACCAUUAUGUGUUGGGUUGGAGUUUUAAGAUGAAUGGGAAAGCAAAAGAGCUAACACUUUCCCAGCUUCCUAAGCUUCCUAGUUUUGGAUCCAAAAGGAAAUCUAAAAUUUUCAGUAUUGGAAUACCUGUGAUUGGUGUUACUUUACUGUUAAUUUUGGUCUCCUUAAUCCACCUUAUAAUUAAAAGGAAGAAAAAGUUUGCAGAAGUGGUUGAGGAUUGGGAACUGGAUUAUAGACCUCACAGGUUCAAAUAUAGAGAUCUCUAUAUCGCUACCAAUGGUUUUAAGAACAAGGAGCUUCUAGGAGUCGGCGGCUUUGGUAGUGUCUAUAGAGGUGUACUACCCAAAUCCAAAGCAGAGGUUGCGGUGAAGAGAGUAUCCUACAGUUCUAGACAAGGGGAGAGAGAAUUUGUUGCUGAGAUCGUCAGUAUUGGUAAAUUGCGGAAUCGUAACAUAGUAACACUCUUGGGCUAUUGCCGGCGGCGUAAGGGAGAGCUCCUUCUAGUCUAUGAUUUCAUGCCUAAUGGGAGUCUAGACAAAUUACUCUUUCAUCAGACAACAACAGAGAUGACAUUAAAUUGGAGUCAAAGAUUUAGAAUCAUCAAAAACGUUGCGGCGGCAUUAUUAUAUCUGCACGAAGAAUGGGAAAAAGUUGUGGUUCAUAGAGAUGUUAAGUCUAGUAAUGUGUUAUUAGACAAGGAGCUCAAUGGAAGAUUAGGAGAUUUUGGGCUUGCAAGAUUAUAUGAUCAUGGAACCGACCCUCAAACUACCCAUAUGGUGGGGACGCUUGGUUAUCUUGCACCGGAACUUUGUAAAACAGGGAAAGCAAAUCCCAGUGUGGAUGUGUUUGCAUUUGGGGCUUUUUUGCUCGAAGUUGCUUGUGGCAGGAGACCUAUAGAGUCACAAGCAUCAGAAGAAUGUGUGGUGUUGGUGGAUUGGGUGAGAUCUUGUUGGAGUAAAGGUACGAUUUUUCAUACCGUGGAUCCAAAACUUGGAAUCCAUUAUGAUGUGCAGGAAAUGGAGCUAGUGUUGAAACUUGGAUUGCUUUGCUCUCACUCAAUUCCAGCUGCAAGGCCCCGUAUGCGGCAGGUUGUGCGCUAUUUGGAGGGGGAACUACACCUAUCCGACCUGACAUUGCUUGUUCUAAGCAAAAUGAAUAAUGGCACAACUUCAGUGACUCCGAGAGGUUCUGGUGAUGUCUCUGUUUGGUGUCCUAAUCUUGGGAGCGCAAUGACUCGGUCAUCAUCAGCUGCAGAAUCUGUACUCUCUGGAGGCAGAUGACUCUAU